UUGGGAUCAAGGCCAGCCUGGUCUAUAGCGAUUUGCAGGCCAUUUGGGGCUGAAGGGAGACCCUGUCUCAAAAAGAGGAAAGUGAUGUUUCCGAAAGCACCCGAUUAGAAUGCUAGCUCAAAAUCCGAGGGUCUUCUGUUCCUGUUAUCUGCAGCUGUGAGUGCCGGGCGCAGAAAGUGUUUGAUAACAUUGGCUGAGUAACUGGGUUAGGUACAAGGCCUUUCCUUUUAGACUGACAAGGGUGCUGUUCUUCCAUGCAAGCUCCUUAGUUACGGCGACGACCCAUUUAGAAUUGGCCACUUCCUGCAGCUUGGUGGCUUCUAUAUAAGUUUUGCAUUGGCAUGGCCUUUAGCCCACUCCCAAGUCCUCUGUCGGGUGAUAGGAAUGAGCCAAAUGACAACUUUCAUCGAGGGUCCGCUCUUGCCUUCCUGUUUGGUUUGGUUUGCUUGGGAGGCAGGGUCUCCCUAGGAAACCCAGGCUGUAACUCUUGAACUUGGAUUACAGACUUGGACCACUAAGUUGGGCUUUCACUUAAAGUGUGGUACUGUAUCCUCACAGCAGCCCUAUUAGACAGUGUCUUAUUUUACUGAUGAGUCUGGUAGAAUAAAGAGAUUUCAUAGUCUGCCAGAGUUAUGUAACCGGCUAGCUGACUUUGGAACACGGCAAACAGAAGAUCCAAAAACUGAGGGGGAAAUACGAAGAAAAACAGUGGGCAUCCCUUCCCAGCAGCGAGGAGAGAGAAUCUAGUUUCCUGUUUUUAAGAAAUGGAGCCCUGUUCUUGUGACACUUUUGUGGCAUUACCUCCUGCAACAGUUGAUAAUAGGAUUAUUUUUGGAAAAAAUUCAGAUAGACUCUUCGAUGAAGUACAAGAGGUAGUUUACUUUCCAGCUGCAGUUCAUGAUUUAGGAGAACAUCUUAAGUGUACUUAUAUAAAAAUUGAUCAGGUUCCUAAAACAUAUGCUGUUGUCCUGAGUCGCCCAGCUUGGUUGUGGGGGGCAGAAAUGGGAGCCAAUGAGCAUGGAGUUUGCAUUGGGAAUGAAGCUAUAUGGGGAAGAGAAGAUGUUUGUCAUGAGGAAGCACUACUGGGCAUGGACCUUGUCAGACUUGGCCUUGAAAGAGCUGAUACAGCCGAAAAAGCUCUUGAUGUCAUUGUUGACUUAUUAGAAAGAUAUGGCCAAGGUGGAAAUUGUACAGAGGAUAGUACAAUGAAGUUCAGCUAUCACAACAGUUUCCUGAUAGCUGAUAGGAAUGAAGCCUGGAUUCUGGAGACUUCAAGGAAGCACUGGGCAGCAGAAAAAGUACAAGGAGUUCGUAAUAUUUCCAAUCAGUUUUCUAUAACAACCAAGCUUGAUCGGGAACAUCCAGACAUGAGAAAUUAUGCUAAGCUGAAAGGUUGGUGGGAUGGUAAAAAGGAGUUUGAUUUUGCUGCAACAUAUUCUUAUAUUGACACGGCCUUGAUGAUGACGUCGUCAAGCAGAUACUGUGAGGGCUACAGACUUCUGAAUAAAUACAAAGGCAACAUAACUUCUGAAACUAUGAUGGAAAUUCUCCGUGAUAAACCAAGUGGCAUCAAUAUGGAGGGUGAAUUCCUGACCACUGCAAGCAUGGUGUCUGUUCUGCCUCAAGAUCCCAACCUUCCCUGCAUUCACUUCUUUACAGGGACUCCUGAUCCUGACAGAUCUGUUUUUAAGCCUUUCAUAUUUGUACCACAUAUAUUACAACUGUUGGAUACCAGAUCACCAACAUUUGAAAUUGAAAGGUCAGUUAAAAAGAAGCCACACUUCAAGCCUGACAGAAGACACCCACUCUACCGAAAACAUCAACAGGCAUUGGAAGUAAUAGAUAAAAAUGAGGAAAAAGCCAAAACAAUGUUGGACAACAUGAGGAAGCUGGAGAAAAAACUGAUCAAAGAGAUGGAAUCAAUCCUCCAAAAUACACAUCUCAACAUGGAUAGAAUUGUUAAUCUUUUUCCUCAAUGUACAAAAGAUGAAAGUAGAAUUUAUCAGUCAAAUAUUAGUUCCUAGUGAUCAUGUAAAUGGUCAAAAAAAUUCCCCACUGCCCUGAUAAAUGACAAAAUCUACUUUGAGUAGAUCAGAUUAUUUCUUUAUAGUAUUGAUAUCUUAUCUGUUAAAACUACAGUAGUUAGAAUUCAAUUGUAUAAAGCAUGAUGGUUUGAAUGAAAAUGUCCUCCCUAAUAGGCUCCAAGUAUUUGCCUACUCUCUGUCUCACUCUCUGCUUCCUCUGCCUGUUUGAAAAUGUGCAGGCUCAACUUUCUGCACCAGCCGACAUGUCUUCCUGCCAUGAUGGACUCUUACCCCUCUGGAACUGUAAGCUACCUAGGUCUUGGUGUUUUAUCACAGCAAUAGAAAAGUAGUGAAUAAAAAGCAUGAAACAUUUA